AUGAGAUACAGAAGAUCUUUAUUAUCACUAAGUAAAUCAUGGUCUCAAAUGAAGAAUUUCUUGGAGAGAUCGCGCAGGACACAAUAUGAAUUAUCAUGGGAUAUCGCUCUUAGACAGUUGUCAAACUCAUCUACAUUUCCCGUUUUAUCCGAUAAAGAUGCCUAUUCCAAUUCAGAAAACUUGUCAUUUUCGAAACAUUUGUUUGACCGUUAUCAGCAAUGCGUGACAACUGCGCAUGCAGGAGGUGGAGAAAAGGCGAUCCAUCGACAUGUAGAGAAACAGAAGAAACUGCUUGCGAAGGACCGCCUCGCCCUCUUUCUAGACGACCCUGAUGACUUUCUCGAGCUCUCCGUCAUGGCAGGCCUUGCCAUGGAAUAUGGAAACGUACCGAAAGCUGGAAUGAUAGCUGGGAUUGGUAGAGUGCAAGGAAAACUGUGUAUGAUAGUUGCAAAUGAUGCCACUGUGAAGGGGGGAACUGUUUACCCAAUCACCUUAAAGAAACAACUACGGGCCCAGGAGAUAGCUGAACAAAACAGACUACCAACCAUCUACAUCGUAGAGUCUGGUGGAGGCUUCCUUCCACUUCAAGCUGAUAUUUUCAAUCCUGGAGGAAAAACAUUUUGCAAUGAGGCAGUGAUGUCUUCAAUGGGUAUUGCACAGAUGGCAAUCGUAUGUGGUAACUGUACUGCGGGUGGAGCCUAUAUUCCCACCAUGGCUGACCAGACAGCCAUUGUUCAUAAGAAGGGUUACAUAUUCCUCGGAGGACCACCCUUGGUGCAGGCCGCUACAGGAGAGAUAGUUUCCGCCGAAGAAUUAGGUGGUGCUACUCUACACUGCAGUGUAAGUGGAUGUACUGACUACUUUGCUGAGAAUGAAGAAGAAGCACUGAGUACAGGAAGAGACAUGGUAGCCACGCUGAACCUGGAGGAUAAGCUGCCGGUCUACAAAGAUUGGGAGGAGCCCCUUUAUAGCAGUGACCAGUUGAGGUGUUUAGUGGGCAAAGAUAAUGUCAUUGAUAUCUACAAGGUUAUAGCUAGGAUUGUAGAUGGAAGUCGAUUCCAUGAGUUCAAGAAACAGUUUGGCCCUCAACUGGUGACAGGAUUUGCACACAUAAAAGGAUACCUGGUAGGGAUUUUAGGCAACCAAGGUGAUAUCACAGACAACGCUGCAGAAAAGGCUGCCCAUUUUGUCCAAAUGUGUGAUGAUCGAGGCAUUCCAAUCGUAUUCCUUCAAAACACCAGCAAGUCUGUUCCCACUUCUGAGAAUACAGGCCUAGACUCUGGCAACAAGCUGCGAGGCCAUGCUAAGAUGAUGGGAACUGUCAGUUGUGCCUUGGUACCUAAACUUACUGUCAUCAUUGGCAAUUCUAUUGGACCAGAUAGCUAUCUCAUGGGAGGUAGGUGUACCAGCCCCAACUUCAUCUUUUGUUGGCCAAACGCUGUGAUAGGAAUGACUCAUCCGAAGGACACCAUUCAAGAACUAUGUCAGAUGAAAUUUGAAGGCAGUGAGAUGACAGAUGAAGAGAAAGAGACCUAUAAGAAGAAGGUGGCAGAGCAAUGCAUGACAGAGUCCUCAGGGUUUUAUGCUGCCUCUCGUGUCUGGAAUGAUGGUAUGAUCCUCCCUGAGAACACACGCCAGGUGCUACACCAGUGUAUAGAGGUGUCCCUGGUCUACAGGCAACCAACACAGAUGAAAUCCUCUGUUAUCAGGAUGUAGACAGACAGACAACCAACACAGAUGAAAUCCUCUGUUAUCAGGAUGUAGACAGACAGACAACCAACACAGAUGAAAUCCUCUGUUAUCAGGAUGUAGACAGUGUAUAGAGAUAUCUCUACAGAAAACCAGCACAGAUGAUGUCCUCUGUGAUGUAAACAGUGUAUAGAGAUGUCUGUAUAGACAACCAACACAGAUGUCAUUCUCUGUGAUGUAGACAGUGUAUAGAGGUGUCUCUCUGUGGACAACCAACACAGAUGACGUUGUCUGUGAUGUAAAUAAUGCAUAGAAAGUGUUCCAACAGACACCAACACAGAUGUUGCCCUCCAUCAUCAAGACAUAUGCAGCAUUCUGAAAGCAACUUUUCACAAACAAACACUUCUUGACAUCUUUCACAUACAUGUGUUUAAAAUUUGGUUGUGAUUGAAUAUAAAUGGAUGAUUUGAACUGACAUUUUUGUAAAUAUUGUUUAAUCACCAAGAUAGAAACAUGAGAAUAUGUUGAUAUUAAUGUUGUAUAAAGAUUCAUCUAUAUAUGUAUAUGGGUAUGUAUUUAUGUCAUGUCAUGCUAUAUAGAUACACUUAACUUCUAUGUAUAGUACAGAAUUUCAAAACUGAAUUUUAUAAAGAACUGUAAGAUUAUUUAUAAGAUUUUUGUCAUGCUACAUGGAAAUAAAAAUAGUAGAAGAGUGUGAGAGGUAGUCCACAACAAGCUGGAAUGGUAGUUUCAAAAUUUAUUGAAGAUUUCUGGCCACAUCUUUCGCCACUGACGGCUUUCUAAAAUAAAAAAAAAAAGGCCUGUAGAAGCCGUCACAGGCGAAACAUGUAGGGUUCACUGGGGAUGGACGGCUUGCAGUGCUUUGUCUUUU